AUGGCGCCUAGUGUAGACUUGUUUGAACAUGACAGGUUGACACAUGUGCAAUUUACUAAUUGUUUUCCUUAUAAAACAGGAGAUGCAUGGGCUUCGACACAAAAGUCUUUCGAAAGGAUCAGAGCUGAAGCUAGUAACCCCGAAAAGAGCAGUGCUGCUGGUGGUCACUUUGCAAGUACUGGUGAUGGUGAGCAGUUUAGAAUUAACACUAGAAGGACUAGAGCUCAAGGUAGUAACACCAAAAGGAGCAGUGCUGCUUGUGGUCAGUUUGCAAGCAAUGGUGAGGGUGAGAAGUCUAGUAACCUCAUAAGGAGCAGUGCUGCUGGUGGCCAAUUAGCAUGUAGUCCUGAUGGUGGUAACUCUACAAGGAGCAGUGCUGCUGGUGUCAGCUCCAAAGUGGUUGGGACUGAGGGUGCUAACUUAGAAAGGACCAGUUUGAAUGGUCUUAACACUCAAACAGUUGGUGAUGAUUCUGGUAACUCACAAAGGAUCAGUUCUAAUGGUCUUAACUCUCAAAUGGUUGGAGAUAUUUCUGGUAACUCACAAAGGAGCAAUGCUAAUGGUCUUAACUCUCAAAUAGUUGGUAACUCACAAAGAAGCAAUGCUAAUGGUCUUAACUCUCAAAUGGUUGGAGAUGUUUCUAGUAACUCACAAAGGAGCAAUGCUAAUGGUCUUAACUCUCAAAUGGCUGGAGUUGAAGGUGUCCUCUUAGGAUCCUCCAAAAAGAGGGAGAGCAAAAAUGUGCAGGACCAAAGUACGUUUACAUCUCAUCCACGGCAUAGGGCACGUGCUGCAAAAAAUCUAGAGAACUAUCUAGUCAAGAGAGUAACUAAUAUGAUGUACCAAGUCCGUUUGGAGGCUGUCAAGAAAUGGUGUCAUAGAAAUAACGAAGACGGCGAUGAUACUCGAGCCUGCACUAGUGAACUAACAGAAGAACAGUACUUGACUUGUUGGGUGGAGUGGUGCAACAGGGCAGUUUGGGCCUUGCUUGCCAAAUACUGGACUUCUGAUGAGUACAAGGAAAAGAGACGCAGAGGCCAACAAUCACGCAUGAGUUGUGAUGAUCCAGCUCAAAAUAGAGGAGGUUCUAGAAAUUUUGCAGAGACAACAGUUCUUGGACAUGGCAUGAAGCAUGGCCGCGUUCCAAUAGAUGAUGGUGCUGUGGAUAAGGCAAUUGUUCUAGCACAUUCCAAAUCUGUAUCUGUAGGCCACCUGAUCCUGAUCAUUAUGAAAGUGUUCUACAAGAAAAAGGAAAAUAGAAUCUAUCACAAGCUAUUCAAGGCUACUGGGUCACAUGGAGGCUCUCAUUCUGUUGAUGAAAGGCGCAGCAACGACAACGCUGAUGACGAAGACGACGAUGAUGACUACAACUACCAUGAAAGCGAUGAUGAUGACUAUAGCUACCAUCAAGGCAACGAUCAUGUCCAGUACUCCCAUGAAGACGAUGAUGAUGACCACAUUGAUGACGAUGGCUGUCUUGAAGAUGGUGAUGAUAGCAGCUCCUCCCAAAGUGAUGAUGAUCACCGCUCUACUGAGCAGUGA